AUUCGAAAUAAAAUGGAAGGAGAACCAAAGGUUGAGGUUAAUGAAGAGUUAAUGAAGUAUGAGCAUUUUGAUCAAGAAGGGAUCGUGGAUAAGUAUAAAGACUUAGCAGAGAAGUAUGAUGAAAUGCUGGAAGAGGUCGUUGGAUACCCAGAUCCUGUUAAGAUUUGUGAAGCACUUCUUAAGGUUGGGAUUCCGAAAGAUGCUCCUAUUUGUGAUUUUGGAUGUGGAACAGGUUUGAUGGGUAAGUAUGCCUCUGACCCUGAAUUGUUUGCCAAAGCCAGCUCAGAAUCCUUAGAUGCUCCCUUCUCCAACAUUACUGGUAUUGAUGCCUCUCCUGAAAUGCUCGAAAAAGCUCAGUCUCGUGGCUACACCAAGCUUAGCGAAGUCUUCUUGGGUGCUGGCCAGUUCCCUGCUGAUCUUGAAGGCAAGUUCGAUGUUGCAGUUUCAUCUGGAGUGCUUGCUCAUGGCCAUGUAUCAGCUGAACUGUUCGACGAAAAGCUCAGAUGUUUGAGGAAAUCUGAAGCUGAUGACGACAAACGCUACAUAAUAUUCACGACUCGUGAAGAGUACUUGGACACUCUUGGAUACGGAGAGAAGCUGAAGCAGCUUGAAGAUGAAGGAAAGAUCAAGUAUGAAGACAAGUUGACAUUCACAAGGUACCAGAACACAACAGAUAAGGAAGUCAGCAGGUUCAAACCCGUCGAGGUCUCCUGUUUCAUCUAUAAAGCAAAUGUUUAA